AUGUCAGCCGAGCGGCUCGCCGGGCAUGCGCUCGCUCGCGCCGACGAGCUCGAGCGUCAGCUGGCAGAGCACAGCUUGACGAUGCAAAAGGCCGAGGCCGCUGCGGCUGCCGAGACCACUCGCGUCGUCGGACGGAUUGACGCACACGAGCUUUCGACAAACGCCAAGCUCGACGCCGCAAACCGGCUCGUCAGCGCGUUGCAGGCGCAGGUGACGACGCUUCAGGCCCGCGUCGCGGAGCUUGAGCGGCGGCCAAAGCUGUCUGGCAGCGGCAGCUCGCGGCCGGCCACUUGCGACGAGAUGGAGGCGAGGAUUGAGGCGCUCGGCGAGUUCCGGCGCAAGGGCCACGGCAGCAGCCUCGCUCGCGCCGCCGGCUACUCGUGCGUGGAGGCCAAGGCGGUGGGAUACUCGCUGCAGGAGGCCAAGGCGGCGGGGUGGGCCUUUGAGGAGCUGCGCAUGGCGGGCUACAUCGGCGCCAAGGGGAUGACGUCUCGCGACUUUCUGGACCGGCACCAGGCGGGCUGCUCCAACUUUGCGGGGCUCGACUUUUCGGGCGAGGACUUCUCGAACAUGGUGCUGCUGAAAUGCAACCUGAGCGGCUGCGUGCUCGAGGGCGCGACGUUCGACGGAGCCCAGCUGACGAGCGUCGACCUCUCCAACGCGAGGCUCACCGGGCUCGCCUGCAGCAGCUGGCGUGGCGCUCGCUUCAGCGGCGAAUGCAACUUCACGGGCACCAACAUUCGGAAGCUCCUCUCGGCGGCGGAACUUAAGGCUGGCGGGCUCGUGAGCGGGCUGAAGACCACCGGCUACUCCUGCAGCGAGGCGAAGGCGGCGGGAUACACGCCCAGCGAGUGCCACAUCGGAGGCUUCUCGUUCGAGGAAGGCCGCGGCGCAGGCUACAGGCUACAACAAUCAUGGGAAAAAGCAAGAAUCUGGGGUUAG